CCGAGGCGCCCGGCCCUAUUUAUAGCCGCGGCGACCAGCUCGUCGUGUCUUUCCCGCUGGCACUGGCGGCGGGUUUUCUGAGCAGCGUACGCGCAGCGGCCCCGCGCCCCCAGCCAAGGCGCCAUGGAGCGGCCGGCGCCCCUAGCCGUGCUGCCUUUCUCGGACCCUGCGCACGCGCUGAGCCUGCUGCGCGGCCUGAGCCAGCUCCGCGCCGAGCGCAAGUUCCUGGACGUGACCCUGGAGGCAGCGGGAGGGCGCGACUUCCCGGCGCACCGCGCCGUGCUGGCGGCCGCCAGCCCCUACUUCCGCGCCAUGUUCGCCGGGCAGCUGCGCGAGAGCCGCGCCGAGCGGGUGCGCCUGCACGGCGUGCCACCCGACAUGCUGCAGCUGCUGCUCGACUUCAGCUACACGGGCCGCGUGGCGGUGAGCGGCGACAACGCCGAGCCGCUGCUGCGCGCCGCCGACCUGCUGCAGUUCCCGGCAGUAAAGGAGGCGUGCGGCGCCUUCCUGCAGCAGCAGCUCGACCUGACCAACUGCCUGGACAUGCAGGACUUCGCCGAGGCCUUCAGCUGCGUGGGGCUGGCGAGCGCGGCGCAGCGCUUCAUCCUGCGCCACGUGGGCGAGCUGGGCGCCGAGCAGCUGGAGCGGCUGCCCCUGGCGCGGCUGCUGCGCUACCUGCGCGACGACGGGCUGUGCGUGCCCAAGGAGGAGGCCGCCUACCAGCUGGCGCUGCGCUGGGUGCGCGCCGACCCGCCGCGGCGCGCCGCGCACUGGCCGCAGCUGCUCGAGGCCGUGCGCCUGCCUUUCGUGCGCCGCUUCUACCUGCUGGCGCACGUCGAGGCCGAGCCGCUGGUGGCCCGCUGCCCGCCCUGCCUGCGGCUGCUGCGCGAGGCACGCGACUUUCAGGCGGCGCGCUACGACCGCCACGACCGCGGGCCCUGCCCCCGGAUGCGCCCGCGCCCCUCCACCGGCCUCGCGGAGAUCCUCGUGCUGGUGGGCGGCUGCGACCAGGACUGCGACGAGCUGGUCACCGUCGACUGCUACAAUCCGCAGACGGGCCAGUGGCGCUACUUGGCCGAGUUCCCCGACCACCUGGGCGGGGGCUACAGCAUCGUGGCGCUGGGCAACGACAUCUACGUGACGGGCGGAUCCGAUGGCUCCCGGCUCUACGACUGCGUGUGGAGGUACAACUCAAGCGUGAACGAGUGGACGGAGGUGGCGCCCAUGCUGAAGGCCCGGGAGUACCACAGCUCCUCCGUGCUGGACGGGCUGCUGUACGUGGUGGCCGCAGACAGCACGGAGCGCUACGACCACACCACCGACUCCUGGGAGGCCCUGCAGCCCAUGACCUACCCCAUGGACAAUUGUUCCACCACGGCCUGCCGAGGCCGGCUCUACGCCAUCGGCUCCCUGGCCGGCAAGGAGACCAUGGUGAUGCAGUGCUACAACCCAGACAUGGACCUAUGGUCACUGGUGGACUGUGGCCAGCUCCCGCCCUGGUCCUUUGCCCCCAAGACAGUGACUCUGAAUGGACUCAUGUACUUCAUCAGGGACGACUCUGCCGAGGUGGACGUAUAUAACCCCACCAAGAACGAAUGGGAUAAGAUCCCAUCAAUGAAUCAGGUGCAUGUAGGGGGCAGCCUGGCCGUCCUUGGAGGGAAGCUCUACGUCUCUGGGGGCUACGACAAUACCUUUGAACUCUCCGACGUGGUGGAGGCCUACGACCCAGAGACCCGGGCGUGGAGCGUGGUGGGACGGCUCCCAGAGCCCACCUUCUGGCACGGCAGCGUCAGCAUCUUCCGCCAGUUCAUGCCCCAGACGCCCUUGGGGGGGCGUGGCUUUGAGCUGGACAGUGGCAGCAGUGACAUGGGUGUGGGCCGGCCCCGGCCGCCGCAGGACCCCGCCGAGCUGCACUAGCCCCGGCCCGGCCCGGGGAGGGCCUUGGUGCAGGUAACCCAGCACCUCAGGGGGUAGCACCCCCAUCCUUCGUGCACCGGGACAGGUUGGCUGGAGCGUGGGCUCAGGGGCUGCCGAGCGAGCGAGCCUCAGGAUCUGACAGCUGGAGAGUUUGCGUGCAUUCAGAGCCUGAGUCACAGCUGCCGGGGCCAAGGCCGGUUGUGAAUGCCGCUCCCUUGGUCCAGGAAGAGCUGCCUCCGCCACCACGUCUCUGGUUCCAGUAAGUCACCCCUGCUGCAGGCCCACCUCACCAAUGAAGGCACGUGCCCCUCCUGCAGCCACCACCUGUGCCGACUUGCUCCCCCCUUGGGAGAGGAGGGCCACUUCUGGGUAUGAGUGGAGGGGCGGGGGUCCUUCUGGGAGAGUGUGAGAGUGGCCUCCCUGCAGGCCCUGCUGUCCCGGAGCAUCGAGAAUCAGGCAGACGAUGGCUGCAGUGGGGUCCCACCCUCCAUGGCCAGUGCUGGACGCCCGGCGAGCCAGCUCCCCAGAUGCAGGGGGUCUGCCUGCCCAGCUCCUCGCCCCUGCUGGGGUCUCGCACCAAAACACCCCUCGUGGGUGGGCCUCCAGGAGGUGAACUCGGACCUGGGGGCACAGGGCAGUGGGAAUGGACUGGCGUGUGGCCUUGAAGGGGGCCCAGAGGAACCUGCUGAGUGUUUUCUGUCUCCAGUGGACCUGGGCUGACGCAGGUGCUGGGGGUCCCUGUCCACACACCCACCAGUCGGUGUAGCCCCACCUGGCUUGGGGGCCUCCGGGCCCUUCGUCCCAGGCCAGUUCGGCAGAGGACGAAAGUGCAAGGUCAUAGCUCCUCGCUGGGAGGCCCUGGGACUUCGUCGCUGAAGCCCAGCCAGGCGGACAGCUGCAGGCGCCCUUGCCCUUGCGGCCUGUGAGCGGAGGCUCCCGUUGCUUCUCAAGGAAGCCCGGGGCGGGGCAGCCCCAGCAGGUGGCCACAGGGUUUCAAACACAGUUGGCCCUUCCUUAGAAGGGGGGGAGGCAGCUAGAAACAGGGUCCGGUUUGUUUGAUUUUUAACCUCUCCCCGUCCCAUUGCCGAAGCUUUCUGCAGGGUGGGAGGAUGCCUUAAGCUCCUCAGAAGCCCAGGCUUCUCCAGGAGGGUGGCAGGAGGAGCUCCUGGGAACCCCCGUAGCUGGUGUCACGUCCUUGGUUUUCUCUGAGGCAUGUGAACGGUGGAUUGGUGGUCUUGUCCUCACGGUUUCCAAAGUAGCCUUUGCUUGAAUUUGUCCUCCUUCCCUUCCAGAGGGGAGGGCGGUUACGUUUUCCUUGUUAGGUAAAUGUUCAUCAGUGUGUUCUUAUCAAGAAAAAAAAGUUUUCUCACCAUC